CAGCCUGCCCACACACUCACCAGGCGAGGGGGGCAUCACCAGGGCACAGUGCCAACUCCUGGCAGCUCCAAAGCACUGAGCCUCUGGCUGUUUUGGCAUAACAGGGGGUGAGGGAGGCAAGACCCCAGGGUCUGCCUGGUGGGGCCGCUCUGGCCUUCCUGAGUCAUGGGUGAGCUCUGAGGACCUGGGAAAGAUGGAGAGGGGAUUGCAUUCUGAGCAUGACUCACAGAACAUUAGGGAGAGACCCUGUCACUCCCGUCUUAGGGUCAGGUAACCCAGGUGCCCCAGGCAGGAACACAACAAUGACUCAGUUAGGCUGAGAGCCUGGAGAAUGGAGCGUAAGGGUCAGACUCCUCUCUCAUCUAGGAAGCAUCUGGCAUGUACUUACCAACGCAAGUGGUCACCCUGCCUCACCUGCCCCCUCGCCUGCUGGCCCCUGUUCACUUCAGACAGCUAUUUCCCACAGAGGCAUCUCCUGUGCCCCAGGCCCCUGGGAUGAGGUCCCCUACUCAGCUGAUAGAGCUAAGGUUCUUCCUGGGGCUCAGCUGCUCUUUAUCCUGCUGCCAAGCUAGCCUUAUUUAGCUCUCAAGGGAGAUGGGGAACGUGCUCUAUAAAAUGGAGGCCCUUCUCUCCUUGGGCUGUCUUCAUGCCUUGGGUCUAGCACGGACGUUGUCGUUAGCUUCCACACUAGGACCUGGGCUGCCCACAGGCUGACGAGCCCUCUUGCCCACGGGGAGGCUGGGCAAGGUGUGUGUUUGUCUUCCCCACCCAGAAUCAGGCCUCCGCUGCCUUCUGUGGUGCUCAUGCACAGUGGGUCUGAAGGAAUGUUCCUCAGCCUGAGAACAUUCUACUACAUAUGCACACACGUGUACAUUCCCACACGGUCCCUUUAUCUAGGCUCCUGCCUUAUCUCUGCCCCCUGGACCUCAGAACCGAUGCAAGUAUCACUUCAGGCUUCUGCUCAUAAAGAGGGGAAACUGAAGCAGGAAACAAAAGACUCCCUUUUCCCUAGACUGAGGGGAAAACCCAGACAUUCUGACUUCUUCCCUCCUGCCGGGAGGUCCAGCUUCCCUUGUUCAGUUAUGCAUCACUCUCAUGGCCUUGAAGGUGAGCUCUGCCACCCUUCUAAGGCCCCUCAUUGCCCAGAGGCCCUUCCUCUGAGCAGGACUCAGACACCCUCCCUCCAUCCCCAGGGUUGCUCCUGGCUGGGUUGCCGGGCACCAGCACCGCCUUCCUCCAGGGCUGAUAUCCCCCUGGGCAAGGGGUGGAGAGAUGUAGGCCAGGUGGUAGGCGUGGCCAGGCCUCACCUGGGCUCAAGGAGGUAGCUUUAUGUUGCCUCCUCAGUCUGUCCUGUGUGCUGCCCACACCUGGCCAGUUGUCCCAGCAGGUGUGAGAGGAAAGAAAGUGGGGGUAGGGAGAGCAGGGAGGGAGUAACUGCUAGGAGUUGGGAGCCCUGCAUCCUCCCUUUCACCCUGGACGAGAGAUGGGAUCUAAGGGGGUGGGCAGCUAUAUCCUGACACUUAGGACCAGUGCCAUGCCAACCAGUGUCUCUUGACUGUUCCUGGCUGGCUAUACUCCUGCCAGGCAUUUUAAGGAAAUAGUUUCCAGGCUGCUUUGCAGGCUGAUGUGAACAAGAGGGUUGGGGCUUCUGGAUUCCAAAGAUUCCGAAUCAUCCCCAGUAUGUCAUCUUCAGUACGUCUCACUUCCCUCUGCCUCACAGGACAUGGUCAAGGGGAGAAAAGGGAGGAAGGAGGGAAAUGAAGGCUCUAUUCAAGGCUGCAAUAUUAAUAGGUUUGGGAGGAAGAGCCCAGAUCUCAGCACAUAUGGGUUGGACUGGCUUUCCUGCAGCCCCAGAGGCACUGGUGCCUUUCCUGGGGAAACAGAAGGGACUGACGGGGCCAGACACCCCCAUGGAGCUGGAGAGGCUGAGGGUUCAGCCGACUCCUAUACCAGCCGCCCAUCUCUGGACUCAGACGUCUCCCUGGAGGAGGACCGGGAGAGUGCCCGGCGUGAAGUGGAGAGCCAGGCUCAGCAGCAGCUUGAAAGGGCCAAGCACAAACCUGUAGCAUUUGCUGUGAGGACCAAUGUCAGCUACUGUGGUGUACUGGAUGAGGAGUGUCCAGUCCAGGGCUCUGGAGUCAACUUUGAGGCCAAAGACUUUCUGCACAUUAAAGAGAAAUACAGCAAUGACUGGUGGAUCGGGCGGCUAGUGAAAGAGGGUGGAGACAUCGCCUUCAUCCCCAGCCCCCAGCGCCUCGAGAGCAUCCGGCUCAAGCAGGAGCAGAAGGCCAGGAGAUCUGGGAACCCAUCCAGCCUGAGUGACAUUGGCAGCCGACGCUCCCCUCCUCCGUCUCUAGCCAAGCAGAAGCAAAAGCAGGCGGAACAUAUUCCUCCAUAUGACGUGGUACCCUCCAUGCGGCCUGUGGUGCUGGUGGGACCCUCUCUGAAAGGUUAUGAGGUCACAGACAUGAUGCAGAAGGCGCUCUUCGACUUCCUCAAACAUAGGUUUGAUGGCAGGAUCUCCAUCACCCGAGUCACUGCAGACCUCUCACUGGCAAAGCGAUCCGUGCUCAACAAUCCUGGCAAGAGGACCAUCAUCGAGCGCUCCUCUGCCCGCUCCAGCAUUGCUGAAGUACAGAGUGAGAUUGAGCGCAUAUUCGAGCUGGCCAAAUCCCUGCAGCUGGUAGUGUUGGAUGCCGACACCAUCAACCACCCGGCACAGCUGGCCAAGACCUCACUGGCCCCCAUCAUCGUCUUUGUCAAAGUGUCCUCCCCGAAGGUUCUCCAGCGUCUCAUCCGCUCCCGAGGGAAGUCGCAGAUGAAGCACCUGACUGUACAGAUGAUGGCAUACGAUAAGCUGGUUCAGUGCCCACCCGAGUCGUUUGAUGUGAUUCUGGAUGAAAACCAGCUGGAAGAUGCCUGUGAGCACCUGGCUGAGUACCUGGAGGUUUACUGGAGGGCGACCCACCACCCAGCUCCCGGCCCUGGGCUUCUGGGCCCUCCCAGUGCCAUCCCCGGACUUCAGAACCAGCAGCUGCUCGGGGAGCGUGGUGAGGAGCACUCGCCCCUGGAGCGGGACAGCCUGAUGCCCUCGGAUGAGGCCAGCGAGAGCUCCCGCCAGGCCUGGACGGGGUCUUCACAGCGCAGCUCCCGCCACCUGGAGGAGGACUAUGCAGAUGCCUAUCACGACCUGUACCAGCCUCACCGCCAACACACCUCGGGGCUGCCUAGUGCGAAUGGGCACGACCCCCAAGACCGCCUCCUGGCCCAGGACUCGGAGCACAACCACAAUGACCGGAACUGGCAGCGCAACCGGCCCUGGCCCAAGGAUAGCUACUGACACAGCCUCCUGCCAUCCUGCCCCGGCAGGCACGGGCACAAGCUGGCUGGGGCCCCUGCUCCAGGCGGGUUGGCGUUAGACUGGCAUGAGGCUGGCACUAGGCUCAGCCCCCGAACCCCCCUGCCCAGCCCCAGCUCCAGGCCUGCCUGCAGUCCCGAGGUUCUGGGGGAAGAGCAGGGGGCCCCUCACCUCCUGGGCACGGUGACCCCCCCCCCCUCAGGCUCCCAUUCCAGGAAAUAGCUGUGUGUGCUGCCCCCUGGCACCUUCCUCUCCUCCUGCACAAGAAACUGCCCCACUGGGCAGUGCCCUCAGGCCAGGACCCCCUUAGCAGGGGCCUUCCCACCAGACUCAGGGAAGGAAUGCACUCAAAGUGACGAGAGGGUGGGGUGUGGGCGGCAUGGCAUGAGGAAGGAACAAGGUCCCUGAGCAGGUACAGUCCUGUCCUAACCCGAGGGACUCAGGGGUUGUGCUUUGGGGUCUGAGGGCCUCUCCUCACCUCACUGCCACACGUGAGACAUGAGGCAGUCGAAGCCCAGCAGGGUGGCACUCCUGGCAUCAGCUGGGGUAGGGCAUCCACACAAAGGCUGGAGCACAGACGGCUGGGCUAGGGCCAGCUGAAGCUCCAGAGGGAAGGGCUCUCCUCACCUGCCAGGAAGCAUCUUAACAUCUGAAGGGACCAGGGACUAGGAACAUGGUGGACUGGGGGCUGGGGAAAGGAGGGUGAGUGUAGCAGGGAACAUAUGGAUGGCUUGCUUUGGGGGCCUCCUUGCCCCACUCAUUCUUUUGCUCUUGCAUUCUCUCUUUUCUGUUCUUGGCCUUCAUGCCUCCCACGCCCAUGGGGUAUGGGCCUCAGACUUUAUUCCCUGAUCCACAGCUGCUGCUCGUUAAGUUAGGAUUAGAGGGGGAGAGAUAGGACCCAGCGGACAGCCCCAGAGGUCCUGUCAGCCUGGCUACCCUUGUCUUAAGAGGCUCUAGUGUGUGACCUACCUACAGAGCAUGCUCCACAAGACCCUGCCCCACCUCACUGUCAUCACUAAUAAACACCAUGCGCAGA